AACUUUCUUUCAUUUUCUCAAACAAACAUCAUUCAAUUCUUCGUCCCUCCACUUGACCCAAUAAGCAAAACCCACAAAAAAGUUGAAUUGGAUUUUCAGUUAUUAUAUAUUGUACAAAGUUUGACGAUCCAAAAGAAAGGCGAGGGGUGUAGCAGGGGACUAAUGGACCCUGCAGUACUGGACAAGAUAAUUGAGAAGCUGAUAGAAGUAAGAUCCUCAAAGCCAGGGAAAAUAGUGCAAUUAUCGGAGUCUGAAAUCAAACAGCUUUGUGCUGCUUCUCGUGAAAUUUUUGUUAGUCAUCCCAAUCUUCUUGAACUUGAAGCACCCAUCAAGAUUUGUGGUGACAUUCAUGGUCAAUAUAGCGAUCUGUUGAGGCUUUUUGAAUAUGGUGGUUUUCCUCCUAGGUCCAAUUACCUAUUUUUAGGCGACUAUGUAGAUCGAGGAAAGCAGAAUUUAGAAACAAUAUGCUUGUUACUUGCAUAUAAAAUCAAAUAUCCAGAAAACUUUUUCCUUCUUAGAGGAAACCAUGAAUGUGCUUCUAUAAAUAGGAUUUAUGGAUUUUAUGACGAAUGUAAACGCCGGUUCAAUGUGAAAUUGUGGAAAGCCUUCACUGAUUGCUUUAACUGCCUUCCUGUUGCGGCACUUAUAGAUGACAAGAUAUUGUGCAUGCAUGGAGGACUAUCACCAGACCUCACAAACCUCGACCAAAUUAGAACCUUACCCCGCCCAACUGCUAUCCCGGAUACGGGUUUGCUUUGUGAUUUACUCUGGUCGGACCCUGGUAAGGAUGUUAAAGGAUGGGGAAUGAAUGAUAGAGGAGUUUCAUUUACCUUUGGCCCUGAUAAAGUCUCAGAAUUCUUGGCAAAGCACGAUUUGGACCUUGUCUGUCGUGCUCACCAGGUUGUGGAGGAUGGUUAUGAAUUCUUUGCUGACAGGCAGCUGGUCACCGUGUUUUCAGCCCCCAACUACUGUGGUGAAUUCGACAAUGCUGGUGCAAUCAUGAGCGUUGAUGAAAACUUAAUGUGCUCUUUUCAGAUUCUGAAGCCUGCAGAAAGAAAAAACAAGUCCAUGACGUCCACAAAAAUGUGAUUGGUGCGUCGCUUCUUAUUGGUUUCAAGGCACCAUUCUCUAUUUUGAAGAAACCACAGUUUCAGCUCCUGUGCAUCCCUCUGACCAAGAAAUAAGCACUCUGCUCACCUUUACUUAUCUUAAGAAUGUAGUAUGGUUAAGAAUGACCUUUAUUUACUGCUGGUCCUGUGGAGUAGCAUGAACUAUUAGCUGUAAACGUCCAUUUAUCCCUCUAUGGAAGGGCUAUUCCAUGUAGGUAUAAUUUGUUUGGAAACUCCAGUUGGCCAUUUUUACCGUGGAAUGUUUUUUAUUUUGCGAGCGAGUUUCCAGACUGCUGUUGAGGACUAAAUUGUGUGUAUUUUGUUAGUUGAAGAGAAUUUCUAAGUAGAGAGUUGUGUUAAUGGAGAGAUUGGUUGUUGGAGUUUGAUUU